UGAUUGUUGAUAUUUAUUAGAUAUUGCAGAAACACACAUUACAUUUUAUCCUCCAUAAGCCCAGGCUCAACUUAAUCAAAGUUUAGCACGAUCUCAAGGCUCCCAUCUGAUUCUGUCAGUGAAAUCUUUUUUAUCUGAUGUUUUCAGCCCUUUGCUCUGUUCCACGAUUGGGCUGGGUGAGGGUUGGGGCAAAUGCCUGGGAGCAAGACAAAGAAAAGAUCUGAUCCCCUCAGGGGCAGGCAGGGCUCUGUCACAGGGGAUGGCUCAGAGGAGCUCAGGGCUCUCUGUGGUGGCACUGGGGUUUGUCUGCUUUGCCACGGGACCCCCAGGGAGCUCCUGCUGGCAUCCAGUGCUGUGAUGCCCAGAGCCCGCUGAGCAGGGGCAGAGAUGGAGUCUGGGGCUCGUCAACCUCGUGACGUGGCUGUGGUGGCUGUGACAUCGCAGAGAGCGGGUCACAGUGGCAGCCAGCACCAGGCAGCUCCCGUCCUGCUGCCCCUGCCAAUGCUCCCCGUCCCUGCAGGCCCUUUCCCAGCCGUGCCGGGCCAUGGCUGCGGCCGUCGGGUUCCUCAUGGCUGCGCUGGCUGCCCUGCCCAGGCUGACGCACGACCCGCAGGCCGACCCGGCCGCGGCACAGCGCAUGCAGCAGCGCAACCACUUCCUUCGCCAGCAGAUGACACAGCUGUGGCAGGAGGUGGAGCAGAUCAGGUCCCUGGAAGGAGCCCUUGUCCAUUAUGUGUUUAACAACUGGCUGGUUUGGGCCACUGCGGCCAUGCUCGCCGAGGCCUGCUGGCUGGCCUGGCAAAGGAAGCUUGCCUUCAUCAGCAAGGAUAACAAGGGGGGGCAGGACUUCAACAGGGCACGCGAAGGUGCCAGGCUUUUGGCUGAACACAGCCAAAUACCAGUGCAGGAGCUGCCUGAGCCCUGCAGGAAUCUGAAGCAGCUGGUGCGUGACCUCCUGUAUAUCAGCCGAGAGUUUUCCAGGAGGACUUUCAUGCCAGCCAUUUACCCAGACAGAGGAAUGGACAGCAGCCAUGAGUUCUGGGGCACCUUUGAGAAUAGAAUCUUCUACCAGCUGCUCGUGUUCCUGCGGCCACCCCCCGGCCACUCGUUCGUCCUGGAGCAGGACACGGUGAGGCAGCACCCGGAGAGGCGCUCUGACAUCCGCGUGGUGCUGCAGUGCACGUGCUCCAUGGAGCAGGAGAUGGGAUAUUCCCUGUGCUUUGUCCAUCGCCGGGGCAACGAGAUGCUGCAGGACCACGGCUCACCUGUCCUCGAAACCCUCUGCACAGGCUUCUUCCUAAACGUGGAGUACAUCUCCAGCUGGGUGCAGAGCCUGCUGCACUCAGCCUGGCUGCGUUUGCCGCAGUGGCCGCGCCGGCGCCUGACGAUGCUGCCCUGCUCCCGCUCCUGCAAGUUCCUGGGAGCCAAAGCAACAGUCUAACAGCAAUGGAAAGAUUAUCCCAUUCCAAGGAGAGCCUCUUCUGUCCACAACAUCUCACAGAAGUCAGUCUGGUAAUGGCAAUUCAGAGCUGACCUGCACAGUGUAUUAAAAAUUGAUUUCAGUUGAGAUAAGACUAUACAGGUGAGCAUAAAUCACACUCUUGAAACUG